AUGGCCGAUAACACGGAAUUAACGUCUGUGCCCAAGGAAGUCAAGGACGCCGCCCACGUCGAGCGGCUCCCGUCGUACGGCGAGGGCAUGAAAAAGGACCAUGUCGACUACUCGCGUGUUGACAAGGAGCUUGCUCAGUAUGCGGGUCAGGAGUACAUCGAGGUCGACGAGGAGACGAGCAAGCGCCUGCGCAGGAUGAUUGACAAGCGUGUCUUGGUUAUCAUGAUCUUGACGUACUUCCUGCAGGCCCUGGACAAGGGAACCAUGUCGUUCUCGUCCAUCAUGGGCAUUAGAGAGUACGCUGGUCUUGAGAACGGCCAAAAGUACUCCUGGCUCACGACCUGUAUCUACAUCGCCGUGCUCUUUGUCGAAUACCCUACCAACUGGAUCAUCCAGCGAGUCCCUAUCGCGAAAUACCUCGGCGUCAAUAUUAUUCUCUGGGGUGCAGUUUUGGCUUUGCACAGUGCCUGCAAGACAUUCCCUAGCUUGAUUGCUGUGCGCACCCUGCUGGGUAUCUUCGAAGCCGUCUGCCAGCCCUCCUUCGUCCUGAUGUCCAGCAUGUGGUAUAAACGCGAGGAGCAGGCUGAAACCGUGACAUACUGGUACAUGAUGAACGGCACCCAGCAGAUCGUCGGCGGUCUGCUCGCAUACUGCUUCAGCCUGAUCGGAAACGACCAUGACGUCAAGUCCUUCCAGGCCCUAUUCAUGACCUACGGUUGCGCCUCCGUGCUCUGGGGCUUCUUCGUGCUUUGGUGGCUGCCCGACUCGCCCAUGCGCGCCAAAUGCUUCAGCGAAGAAGACAAGCGUCUCAUGGUCGAACGUGUGCGAUCCAACCAGACCGGUAUCCAGAACAAGAAAUUCCGCGCAUACCAGAUCAAAGAAGCCCUGCUUGACCCGCAGAUCUGGUGCUACUGUGCUAUUCAGAUCUUCACGACCCUGCCUACCAGUGGUCUGGGUGCGUUUGCGAACAUCAUCAUCGAGGGCUUCGAAUUCACCGUCCUCCAAACUCAGCUACUGGCGAUGGUUCUGGGUUUCUAUAUCAUUAUCGUCCUUUUGACGUCAGCUUGGCUCGUCCGCAAGACCGGACAGAACCUCUACGUCAUGCUGGGCUUUAUCAUCCCAUCCUACGUCGGCACAAUCGUCCUCAUGACCGUCGAAAACCACAACAUGGGCACCAAGGUCGGUCUCCUGAUCAGCUACUACAUCACACUGUCAUUCUGGUCCGCGCAGACCCUCGGCCUGUCCAUGGUAUCUCGCAACAUCGGCGGCGCAACGAAGAAAUCCGCCGUCAUCGCCGCGACGUUCGUCUCGUGGGCUGUGGGUAAUGCUAUCGGCCCGCAGGUGUUCCUGGACCGCGAUGCGCCCAAGUACUUUAUUGCCUUUGGGGUGCAUCUUGGGUGUUAUGUUUGCUUGACCAUCUCUGUUAUCUUCUUGCGCUGGUAUCUUGCGCACCAGAAUAGGAAGAAGGAUAGGUUGUUGAGGGAGGCGGGCUUGGAUCCGAAUGAGCAGAACUUGGCUCAUGCGUUUGAGGAUCGCACGGACCAGGAGAACAUGUAUUUUAGGUAUAUUUAUUAG